AGAGACAAUCAAAAGCUGCAUAAUAACAUAGCGUAUGAUAUUUUGUAUAACAAUAUUGGAGAAGAAUAUUAUAUUUGAAGUGUUAUCUGCGCUGUAAACGUGAUAUAACAGGAAUCGAUGACUGUAUGUUGUGUGAAGGAAUAUUGGCAAUUUAAGAUCCUGCCAUCAGCACCUCCAACCUCCUAAUUUGCUUCUAACAUCAUGAGCUUUGGUGGUGGUGGACAUGGGGGAUAUAGGUCGAGAGGUGCCGGAAUGAACCGUGGCCAUAGAGAAUUACCAACACAGGAACCGUUUAUUUUAUUCGUUGGUAAUCUUCCCGAAGCAACUGUGCAAGGUGACAUUGACAUGAUAUUCAAGGAUAUGAGUAUUCGUAAUAUUCGUCUUGUUCGUGACAGGGAAACUGACAGAUUUAAAGGUUUCUGUUAUGUUGAAUUUGAAGACUUUGAAUCUAUGAAACAAGCCUUAGAAUAUGAUGGUGCGCUUUUCGAAGGCAAAAAUCUAAGAGUGAAUGCUGCAGAUAAUCGUAGAGAUAGAGGGCAAAGGGGUGGUGGACCUGCUCGUGGAGAUUAUCGCGGUAGAGGAAGGGGCGGUUAUAAUCGUGGUGGAUAUUCAAGGGAUGAUAGGCAAUAUGGACAAGAUGGAUAUGGAAGACGUGGUGGUGGUGGUGGAAGAGGAGGAGGAGGAUAUGGCCAUAGUGGUGGAGGUGGUGGAUAUCAGCAUAGAGAAAGAGAUUAUGAUCAGCAAUAUCACCACCAACCUUCUGAAGAGCCUAUAUCAACAUCUUCUGGGGCAAGCGGUCGUCCUCGCUUGCAGUUGAAGCCUCGAUCUGUGGGUGUUCCGACAAAUCAGAUAGCCAAUCCACAAUCAUCAAUAUUUGGUGGUGCAAAACCACGAGAGCAAAUUUUAAGAGAGAAAGGACUUGAUGAUCUUGAAAAAAAGGUGGAAGAAAAGCUGAGCAUAUCAGAAAGAAAGUUGUCGGAAUCUGCAGAUGACAAAUAAGACCUGGAAAAUGGAUUCCAAUCAACUUACUGCCGCAUUGUGCGGUACUACUUCCAAGCAUGAAUGGGUUAGAUACCCUCUGCCUUUAAGCAGUGAUAUUAUUUCAGUAUGGUGCAGUUCGAGCAUGCCACAAUCGAGACAAUUCAGUCAUGUAAAUGAAAUAAUAUGUAGAUUUAUGUAUGUAUUAAGGGGUUUUAUCUAUUUUGAGCCAUGCAUGAAAGAGAUUCAUAUUGAAUUUUGUUGGGUGUCCCAUACUGAAGUUUUUUUUUUUUUGAAUACUUGCGUAAAUGUCGCCCAUGUUCGACAAAACUAUAAUUCAACAAAGUAAACCUGAAAAUUAGCGAUGGUUUCUGAAAAUAGUUAGGCAGCCACAUUGCUGGUGUCUCGGUCCAUUUUUAGCUAAAGCAAGUUCGUUCUUGUGCGAUUAGAAUGUUUUUGAUAAAUACUACUAGCUCUGCUGAUGCUUAUAUUGGAGCUCAUUUGCACAAGCAUAUUAUGAAUUGUGCUUCAAUCUUCUUCUGCUCCUGCAACUUUUGACCAAUCAUAUGUUGGCGUUAUCUCCAACGCUUAAUCUGAAUACCAUUUUUAGUGCAUGUUAUGUUGUAGAUGUGUUUUGAUCAGUUCAUAUUACUCUGUUUCCAAUAGUUAGUUACUCGAUUGAUUGGGUGUGUCAAGAUAGGGAUUCAUGAUGGACUAAAAAACUUGUGUUUGAGGGUUAGUUAGUUCGUUUGGAACUUUCUCUGUUUGGACUGUGAACAGAAUUCGCCUCCAUAGUGAUUUUGAUAAUUUGUGCUUUUUUGCAUCAAAUCACGUUCUAUGAAUGUGGAUGACAACUGGCAAAGGUUUUAACUUAGUUUGUUGCUUUUAUCUUUGAUGUUAUCAGCCUAUUUUCCUGAGUUUAUCUGUGCUUGGUUUUUUUCAGAUCUAGAAUAAAUGAUAUCACUUUUUGUAUGCCACCUAUUUGACCAAAAUCUUAAAAUAAGCCCACCAAGGUUGGCAAAAAUUCUAUUCUAGCAAACAAGUUUUGAUCUUUAAUUGUUCAUUGCU